AUGAUCAUUCUCAUCGUUGGAGCGGGCUGCUUUGGCAUAUCCACUGCGUACCACCUAUUGAAACGGGGAUUUACUGCUAUAACUGUCAUCGAUCGUUCAGAAAUCCUUCCCGCCAAGGAUGCGGCCAGCAACGAUCUCAACCGUAUCGUGCGGACCUCCUAUAACGACGAGUUUUAUUCCAAACUAGCCAAGGAAGCUAUACAAUCGUGGAAGAACGACGCUGCAGAGAUUUGGGGAGAUUCUUAUCAAGAAUCCGGCGUUCUUCUUUUAGGAUACUCUAAUGGAGUCGGAACUUACGCACAUGAGGCAUACGAAAACGACGUAAACCAAGGGGUGCGAGUACUCAAACUGGACACCGAUCGCGCCGUGGAAAAUGCCUUGAAGGAGAUGCUGGGUUCCCAAGCUCCUUCUAGUAUCGACUUUCGCGGUAUGAGCGGGUACAUGAAUUACGAUAGUGGUUGGGCGGACGCUGGGAAAGGGACUUUAGCAAUGAUAUCAAGGGUGAAAGCUCUUGGAGGGGAGGUUGUAGGAGGGAAAACCGUGAGGAAACUGAUCCGCAACUCUGACGGUUUGACAACCGGAGUGGAAUGUGUCGAUGGAUGUUCGUUCGACGCGGAUUUGGUGGUCCUUGCUACGGGAUCGUGGACCCCGUCUGCGUUCCCAGACUUGGGUUUGGAAAUGAAGUGUGUGGCGACUGGUCAGUGCGUGGCGAUGAUUCAACUGACGAAAGAGGAAGCAGAAACCUACCGACAUGCUCCAGUCACCUUAGACUUCGAAACUGGUUUUUACUCUUUCCCACCAACGAAGGAGGGUAUUGUGAAAAUGGCCUUGCAUCGGGGUGGUUUCACCCACACCGUAGACGGUGUCUCGACGCCGCGAACGGCGACAAGCCAUCCUGAAAACGGCCUUUCAAUCCCAAAGGAAGUUUUGAAUGAAUUUCGAGACAUUUUAAGGCGUAUGUAUCCUGAUCUUGCUCAAAAGCCUUUCUCGAGCACUCGACUAUGCUGGUACAACGAUACGCCUGAUGGCGACUGGAUGAUUGGGAAGCACCCGAGCGAUCUCGGUUUAGUGCUCGCAACUGGCGGAAGCGGCCACGCCUUCAAGUUUCUUCCUGUUCUAGGUCGCGUUGUAGCAGAUGCGAUUGAGGGAACUCUUGACUCACAAUUAGUUAAGAAAUUUGCACCGGACCGACCGGUUGCCCGUGGCGACCUGUCAAGGAUAGGUAUGGUGGCGAAAGAAUUGGUUUUGGACCAGUUAACUGUGCCCACGGACCUGAUAGCAUAA